AUGGGAGAAGAUGGGGCCAAGAUAUCUCACCUUCCUUUCGUCCAGAUAAAUGAUGAAUCAUUGUCCGAACGCAUUCACACCCUCGCAGCCCUUCAACAUUUGUCAAUAUGUGAUCUUCCAAAUCUGGAGUCAUUUGCAGAAGAUGGGGGUUUGCCUCCCAACCUCCUAUAUUUUACCAUUGAAAAUUGCAACAGACUGAGGGCUUCAGUGGGAGAGCACUGGGAUUUGCAAGGACUUGUCUCCCUUGAAGAAUUUACAAUUGGUGGCAGGGGAAGUGAUGAUAUCUUGGAGAUGUUGCUCAAGCAACAGUUGCUCCCUUCCACUCUUUACAUUCUCCACAUCAAUAGACUAUCAAGUCUGAAAUCUUUGGACAGAAAGGGACUUAAAAACAUCACUUCUCUUUCUUUUCUGAGUAUCUCCAAGUGUUUUUCCCGGGAGAAAAGGUAUAAGAGAAGACAGGAAAAGAUUGGGCCAACAUAUCUCACAUUCCUUGUAUCAAGAUAG